AUGCUCUGGGCAGACUUGCUUGUCCUUCUGCCUGCAGCCCCACACCACCUGGCAGCUUUCCCCUUCGCUGCUCUCUUCCACCACCUCUGUGCCUCGGGGCGCCUCACUCCAACUGCCCGGUACAUAUUCCUCCUUGCUGGAGGAUGUCUCCUUGCUGGCACAGCCUUGGGCAGCUACGCUGUUUUGCUCCUUAUCCCUGCUGCUGGCUCCGUGCUAGUCCUCCUCUCCGUCAGCCCAGCACGUGUCCACACCUCGGUCUUCACCCUCCAGAUGUCCUGGCAGACACUCUGCCACCUGGGUCUGGGCAGCCAGGAGCUGGACCCACAGGAUGCCAGGCCAGCUGUUGCCCUCUCUGCUCUCAUGCUGCUCACCCAGAAGGCUACGUCUCUUGCCCUGGACAUCCAUGAAGGAGUUGUGCAGCUCCAGCGGGGCCAGGGGCUUCUGCGGCAGGCACUGCCCCUCUGCAGCUACCUCCUCUUCUUCCCAGCCCUGCUCGGAGGUCCCCUCUGCUCCUUCGGCAGGUUUCGGGCGCAGGCCGAGUCCCGGGGGGCUGCCCCCCGCCCGCUGCGGGCGGACCUGUGGACUCUGGAGACCACGCACCGCCUGGCCGUCUUCUCCCGAACCUGGAACAAGAGCACGUCCCGGUGGUUGAGAAGACUUGUCUUCCAGCGCUGCCCGGCCCACCCGCUCCUAGCCACCUUUGCCUUCUCUGCCUGGUGGCACGGGCUCCGGCCAGGGCAGCUCUUUGGGUUCCUGUGCUGGGCGGUCAUGCUGGAGGCCGACUACUGCCUGCACCCCUUCCUCAGCGCCCGCGCCGCCUCCUGGGCUGCACAGCUCCUCUACCGCGGCACCACCUGGGUCUUCACGCAGCUCCUUGUUGCCUACAUCAUGGUGGCUGUGGAGACCGAGAGCUUCUCCAAGCUCUGCCUGCUCUGGGCUUCCUGCGACAGCAUCCUUCCCCUCUCCUACUGCCUCGCCCUGCUGCUGCUGCUUGUCAAGAAGCCAAAGCAGAACUGA